CCCCGCGUGUUCCCAUUGUUCCGUUUGUAAAAUCAAUUUGUAUCGCUUCCCGAUUCGAGCGGAGGCAUUAGCUCUCGCCGUGCGCGAGCCGACGGGUACCGCCGGCCUUCCAAUGGAGUUGCGGAUCGUAUUGGCAGCGAAGUGAGAAUAUUGGAUCGCAUUGAACCGUUGACCGCGGAAGCUGAUUUGACAGACAGAAUCGAUUGUUCGCGCUCUCGCCGUCUGCCCUUAGGAUACAACCGGUAAGGGGCGGGAGGUAGGGACGGGAGGAAGAGACCGAUAGAUACAAGGGAGAGAGAUGGAAGGCUGCUCGUUAAAUUGAUUCGAUCUGUGCCCGGAAGCCGCUUGGCCUCCACGAAGAUGAAGUUCGACGCGUUGACCGCUGCACUAAUAUUUAGGGAGGACGCUGUUGAGACUGAAACCCGAGUUUGGAAAAUAUAUCAAGACUUUCGCUUCCUUCAAAGUUUCAUUCGGUUCGAUAUUUCGGACAGUAAAUUUAUUAGAGGUGCAUGUAGCAGUAACGAGGAAUUCAGUAGGUUAUGUUGAUGCUGUUGAAACGCGUUGAGAAAUAUGGUGAUGUAUCCUAUGGCGACGCUUUUCGUUAUUUACGUUACAUUGUGACAAUUCGAAUCAGCAUUCCGCGGCGCAACGGGUCAACGAUACGAUCCGGCUUUCGGAGGCACGGAUAUAUUUUUGAUUUGUAACAGUCGAGUGGCGGUGAUGCGAGGACAAGUUGUAACCGAGCAAGGAAUCGGAAUAGUAGGCAUCCGGGUGUCCGUGGACAGGGACUCCCGCUUCGGGUUCACGUUGACCAGGGCUGAUGGAUGGUUUGACGUGCUGGUCAACGGCGGCGGUGCAGUGACGCUUCAGUUCCAGCGGAGCCCCUUCAAACCCCUUACGAGGACCGUGUUCGUGCCAUGGAAUCAAAUAGUGGUUCUACCUCCUGUGGUGAUGACCCUUAACAUGGACGGCGAGUCCCAUAAAUCGAACCAACCCCCUAGCCCAGCUGUCGGCUUCCCAGGGAUCUCCAUGGGACUCUUUAGCGAGCACGGCCCGUGCCUUGAGCACGACCACGAACUGCUGAGGCCGAUCAUUGUCAGCACCUGGAUGCCGGAGAAGGUGGGCGGGCUGCCUGGCAGGAGUCUGGUGUUCGCCGAGAGCCAGAUCGUUCAAGAGAGCAUCGCGAUUCCGGGCUCGAACCUACACUUGAUGUACCAGAGCAGCCAGGCGGCCGGUUACCUGUCCACGGUGAGGAUGCAGUUGACCGGGCCGCUCAUUCCGAAGUCGCUGACGCAUGUGCACGUGCACGUGGAGAUCGAGGGCUCGCUGCACACCAAGACCUACGAGGCAGAUCCGAAUCUGACGCACACGUUCGCCUGGAAUAAGCGGAACGUUUACAAGCAGAAGGUGUACGGCGUGGCGCAAGCCAGAAUCUCGAUCGGCUAUCAGCAUUCCACUUGCCGCUCGGUGAUAUGGGAGACCCAGACGGCCACGCUGCAAGGAUUCGACGUGGACAUCUCGGACAUCGGCGGCUGGGGCCUCGACAUCCAUCACCAUUACAAUUUCCACGAGGGCAUCCUGCAGAAAGGCGACGGCACCACGCUCCACUUCAAACAGUAUCCCCGCACCGUGAAGGUGGUGAUGGGCACUGGUCUACAGAGGAGCCUGGUCUGCCAGGACUGCAACGGUCUCGCCAAAGACGCGAAGCUACUGACCCCGGUCGCACUUACCAGCGGUCCGGACGGCAGCAUCUACGUCGGAGAUUUCAAUCUAGUCCGGAGGAUUACGCCAAAGGGAAAUGUCUACACCGUCUUGAUCUUGAGCGCGACGCAGGUAGCCUACCAAUACUACCUCUGCGUAUCCCCAGCCGACGGACACCUGUACAUUAGCGACCCCGAGAAGCAUCAAAUAUUGAAGGCGUUGACACUGGAGGUGGUGCAGAAUCCUAGCAUCAACAUCGAGCCGGUUGUCGGAAGCGGCGAGAGAUGCAUUCCUGGAGACGAGAGCCACUGCGGCGACGAUGGCCCAGCUAUUCGUGCCAAGUUAGCACAUCCUAAAGGAAUCGCCAUAGCAGCCGAUAAGACGAUGUACAUCGCCGACGGUAGGAACAUCCGAGCGGUGAAUCCCGACGGUAUCAUCCACACCCUCGUAGGCCACCAUGGUCAUCAUAAUCACUGGUCCCCAGCACCUUGCGUGGGCGCCAUACCUGCCCAUCAGGCUCAACUUCAGUGGCCAACCGGAUUGACUUUAAGCCCGUUGGACGGUUCUCUGCACUUUAUCGACGACAGGCUAGUCCUGAAACUUACCAGCGACCUCAAAGUGCGUGUCGUAGCCGGCACGCCGCUGCACUGUGCCAGCAGCAGCAGCAAUGCCAACGACGGGGACGCGUCCAAAGCGAAUUCCACGAACGUCUUGAAUCCCAAGAAACCUGAUGAAGUGCUUGGCUCCGUCUUGGCAGUUGGCUUCAGCCCUACCGGUGAACUCUACAUAGCCGAGAGUGACUCUCAUCGCGUGAACACCAUCAGAGUGGUGGAUAGCUCUGGGAAAAUGUCGCAUUUCGCAGGGCAGCAGCAGGAACGACUGCGCGGCCAAUGCGAGUGCAACAACACCACUCCUAGCACCAAAGAUUUGGAGAGUUGCUCGUGCACCGACGACACGAGCAGCACAGAGACCCUUCUGUCGUCUAAUGCCAAGUUCACUGCUAUAUCGGCGAUAGCGAUCUCUCCCGAUGGCGUGCUGCACGUGGCUGAUCAAGGUAGCCUGCACAUUCUCGCUCUUCAACCAUACCUGCCGAACCACGACGAGAGUGGCGAAUUCCAUAUACCGUUCCCGCCUACCAACGAGAUCUACGUGUUCAAUCGAUACGGUCAACAUAGCUCCACCAAGGACCUGACGUCCGGCAAGACACGUUAUUCGUUCCUGUACAGUAAAAACACGAGCUUCGGCAAACUCUCGACUAUAACCGAUAGCGCUCACAAUAAGAUCCAGUUCUUCAGGGACUACAGCAGCGUCGUCAGCUCCAUCGAGAACACUCAGGACCACAAAUCUGAAUUGAAGAUCUCGGCUGUCGGGUUCCUCGAGAUACUCUCUGAAAGAGGUAGAGCUGAAAUCGUUUUCGGGUAUGACGGAUCCACCGGGUUGCUCACCAGUCGAUCAGGAGGCGGAGAGACGUAUAUAUACAAUUAUGACGGUCUGGGACGAGUCACAGACGUCAUUCUACCUACCGGCGAGAAACUGAAGCUAUCCUCGGACUUGUCUGAUAACGAAGGUUUGUCCGUGAAGGUGUCCGCGCCUCUGCAAGCUCUCUCGAAGGGUGACAAGCAACGGGAAAUUGAGUACGAGAUGAAGAACGAGAGGUCGAAGGUGCUGACUAUCACUGAUGAUGCCAAGAUCAAGAAAGCCAUCGCUUUCACUAACAGCAGCCUCGAGGUCCUUCUGCCGGGCGGUGGGAGAGUCCUCAGUGCCCCAACCACGAAACACCCGCUAUUAGAAGCUGCAUUGCCAGUGGAGGCGGAAAUGUUACCGAUGUGGAGCUACCAGCUGAUGUCUCUAGGGGAAUUAACGAACACGAUGACAACCACGUACAACUUAGUCGGCGACGUCAGUCAUUUCCAGCAGACGCUGAACAGGGAGAUCUGGGUGAACGAGACGAGAGUGAUAGGCGUGGAGUUCGAGCAAGCUUUCAGCCGUGAAACGUUUUACGACAAGACUAGGAACCCUCUGCUGACUGUCACUUUCGACCAAGCCGGAUUACCCCUGACAUGGCAGCCGCACGAGCAGGGACACAACCUCAGUAUAACGUACGACAGGUUCAACCGCAUAGAGAGCUGGAAAUGGGGUGCUUCCGACGAAUCCUACGGCUACGAUCGUCAUGGUCAGCUGGCCGAGGUGACCAACAGCCAAGACGGCACGAAACGUUACACUUACAACGACUUCAACAUGCUCUCGAAGAUCACUCUGGCCAGCGACAGACACUUCUCUCUGCAGUACGACGACGACGGUGGUUUGCGUCAUAUUAUCCUGCCGUCGGGAACGAAACACUCGUUCUCGUGUCAAGCGUCUUUGGGAUUCCUACGAGUAACAUACACUCCUCCAGGCAGCACUAGGGCUUAUCUUCAGCACUACAGUCACGAUGGCAACUUAUUGCAAACCGUGUUCCCUGGCGAUGGAGCGAGGAUCGUCUACAGGUACCACACUUCGGGACAGUUGGCGGAGGUGGUGCACGGGGAUGGGAAGAGCGAAAUCAGGUACACCGAAAGCGGACUCCCGUCAGCGGUGAUUCACUCCGAGAGGGACGUCGAGUACAAGUGGGACUAUCAAUUCAGCGCCGGCUUGCUGGUAGAGGAACGUAUCGAUUUUGGCGCUAAGACUGGCCUCAGCAACGCCAAGUUCACUUUCGAUUACGACUCGAACUUCCGGCUGAUCAACGUUCAAGGCAGAAUAGGCGGCCUGACACUACCGGCGCACACCAUGGCGUACAGUCCUAGAACCGGCAUGUUGGAGCAGAUCGGUCAGUUCAAAGUGACCAGACCUCAGACCAACGAGACCACUGUGUUCGAUGGUACAGCGUUGUUCUCUCGCAUCACCGAUGACAGGUACUUAGAGACUCAGGUGACUCUCACGAUUCAUCAGUUAGAAGUAUUCAGAAUGGAGUUCACUCACGAUUCUCGCGGCAGAAUCAAUCAGACCAGGACGUACACUCGUAACGUAGGCGUGAACACGUAUACCAACGUGAAGAAUUAUACUUGGGAUUGCGACGGUCAAUUAAGCGGGGUCGAGGGCCAAGAGCCGUGGUGGUUCAAGUACGACGCCAACGGGAACAUGUUGUCGUUGACGUACAGAGGGAACACGAUACCCAUGGAGUACAACAGCAUGGACAGAAUAGUGAAGUUCGGCGAUGGUCUUUACAAAUACGACAACAGGGGGUCGGUAGUGCAAAACGCCAGGGAGGAGAGGUUUUAUUAUAACGCUAAAGGUCUCCUGGUUCGAGCUAUCAAACGCGGACGCUUCGAUGUGCGCUACUAUUACGAUCAUCUCGACCGUUUGGCCACGAGGAAAGAUAACUAUGGAAACGUUACUCAGUUCUUCUAUAAUAAUCAAAAGCGUCCCCUCGAAGUGAGCCAGAUAUACAGUCCGCGGGAUACGAAAUUGAUGUCGCUGGUGUACGAUGACAGGGGACACCUCAUCUACGCACAAUUCUACAGGCACAAAUAUUAUAUUGCCACCGAUCAGUGUGGCACUCCUAUCAUGAUCUUCAGUCAAUACGGCGAAGUGAUCAGAGAGAUCAUGAGAUCACCCUACGGACAUAUCGUUUACGACUCCAACCCUUAUUUGUAUUUACCUGUCGAUUUCUGUGGAGGACUGUUGGAUCAGGUGACGUCGCUGGUACAUAUGCCAAACGGUAAAGUGUACGACCCAUUGAUUGGAAAACAGAUGUCUCCUUUGUGGGAGAACGUCCUGGACAGAGUGGACACUCCAACACACCUGCACUUGUAUAGGUUUAACGGGAACGACCCUAUUGAUGUCAGGCAUACAGACAGACCAAAUCAACCCACAGAUCACAUAUCAUGGUUGUCACACCUAGGCUACGAUCUGAAAAGCCUAGCGCCGCAACUGUUCCCCGAAGAACUGCCAGACAGCCUGGUUCCGCCGGCAUUGGGCCCAGGCACCUCGAUCUUCGGGAAGAAAAAGAGAACUAGAAAUCUGGGCGUCCAGUCUGGCUUCCUGGCUCAUAUCGCGCAAAGGCACUCAGGCGACGCCGUCAGCUUAUCCGCGCCGCCCCGUUCAGCCCUGAAGAAGGACACCAGCGAGCUGAUACCGACCCGCUUAGGCGCAGCGUCCGAUCCUCCGUUCGGCAAGGGAAUCCUGGUCUCCAGGACAGCCGACGGCCAAGCAGUCGUGUCCAGCGUGCCAACCACGAACACCAUCUACAAAGACGUGUUCACCUCGGUGUUCAACCGUUCCUACUUCCUGCCGUUCACGUUCGUGGUGCACAGCGCCCAGCAGGACGCGUUCUAUUUCGUGAAGGAGCAGACCUGGAAAGCCAGCGAGGACCGCGGUCAACUGAAGCGCCUGGGCGGGCAGGUGAACACGACCUACCACGAGAGCGAGAACGGCAGCGGCAACAGCUCGCUGAUAGACGUGAAGAUCCACGGUGCCAGCUACGUGGUGAACCUGCGUUACGGCACCACCGCCGAGAAAGAGAAACAAAGACUGCUCCAUCACGCGAAGGCGACCGCCAUACGGAAAGCCUGGCACAGGGAACGCGAAGCGCUCAAGACGAACACUCCUACGACCAUCGAGUGGAUGGUAGCCGAGCACGACGAGAUACUGAAGUCGGGAUCCGCGUCGAACUACGAGGGCGUGUACAUACACGAUGCGCAGCUCUACCCCGAGCUGGCGGAGGACCCGUACAACAUUAGGUUCGUGAAGAAGGCGGUCGACCCGUCCAGCAAGAAACGCCGCAGAAGGAGAGGCGCGCCGACGUGCAAGCUCUGGUGGCUAGACAAGAUCUGCUAGAUCGCCGGGUCGAGCCAGCAGCCCCCCUCUCCCCUAGCCGGGAGAACUGUCCAAGUCGAAGCGAAACAGGAAUUUCGAGAGGCGCGCGUGGCGGAUGUUUGAAUGGAUGAACGGAAGCGGAGGCGGAGCGCGCGGACGCGCGCUGCGAGCGGGCGCGCGCGCGGAAACGCGCACUGAACACUAUCAAGCGAAGGAGAGAAAAAAAGUUUUAUACCAAAGUCUAUUUGUGUAUUUCGAAGAUGCCAAAAACAUUAACGUUAAUACGAUUAUUAUGUAACGUGAUAGGGUGUAGUUGUGUAAGGGCUCGGAAUCGCGUGACUCGCGGCUCAUCGGUAUGGUAAACGGAAGAGGAGGCGGCAGGGGGCGACGAGAGCCACGUUGCGCGGGGACCCGUUGUCCCCGGCGACGGCGAAGCGAGGGUGACCGCGAGACGUCCGGACGCUCGAUGAUGUUCCUUCGACGAGAUCGAAUUUAGAGAGCAGACGAGAGGAGUUAAGGGGAUGUCCGGGGAGCCGGAAACCGAGGCGCGGAACGUGGAAAAUCGUGAACGGUUUGUGCACCGGUCGGGACGCGAGAUCUCGAUCCGGCGCGGAAUCGGACGAAGGAACACUGACGGGGCGGCGAGGACCGAAGCCAAGGCCAUUCGUCGUUGAGGGCGAACCGAGUGAGAGAAACUAGUCAAUAUAUAGCUUUACAUUGACGUAGAUACUUUUUUCCAGUAGGAUAAGGUACCGAGCCGUGUGUCACGAUCGUCGAUGUUACCAUAUGGAAACCGUGUGUACCCUGUCUGGCCCGUCGUGUGACGGCGCGAUGUUUCAGCCGUACUUAGCACUCGAUCGAGGAGAGCAAACGAAUGAGGAGCACGGAUGAGGACAAUAGCUGUACGGUAGAUCGCGAGUGGAAGGGACACAGACGCGCGUAUCUCAACAAUGAAUGGCCCCCGUGGGACCGAGGAUAGAGGAGCUGUUUCGGUCGAUAAGAAAGAGGAUGCUAAGAUUCGUACAGGCGCGCCGCAAAUCGGCGUAUCCAGAAUUCUAAGCGAUUCAAGGAGAAAGAGGGAGAGAGAGAGAGAGAGAGAGAGAAAGAGAGAGUGGGAGAGAAAGAAAGAGCGAGAGGGAGAGAGUGAGAGAAAUGUGUUAGGGUGUAUUAUAAAGUGGUGCUUUCGGUGCAACAGUAACGAGCGUGACUAGUUAGAGGACAUCACUAAAUAGCGUGGCUAAGGUAUUUUUAACUGAUGGAUGUGUCCUAUUCCCCAAACCCUGAUUCCCCGUUCAGCGCCAGCGUCCGCCACUUCCUCGAGGGUAUCUCACGUCGCUCGUGGAACCGUUCGAGGAUAAUCAACUUUCCACGGGCACUGUGGUGAGUGGGAUUGAAAAAAAAUGGUACCUUCGCGCCGAGGACUAGAGCGGAAGGAAGCGUAGGGCGCGCGCGCGCGCACGCGAUGUCUGUUUCUGCGAGCCACGCGAAUGUGGACGGACUCAUUGUCGGUAAUAAUAACGUAUAAACACAAUAUCGCAUAUUCGUGCUUGCUGGAUAUGAAUAAAGAGCGUUAACUAUCGUUUCCUUCACCGAGUAACUAAGUGUGUGUAUCUAAAUUAACGCUGAUCAGUGCCGAUCGUUUUCGCGGUGUACUGAACGCCAUAUUAACGUCUCUACGCGCGUAAGCUAUUAUUUAGCACCAGCCUCCGCCGACACCUUCCCAACCCUCCGAUGUACGAACCGAUUGACCCCCUCGGUGCUGUGGAAACGUUGAUCGACGUGUGCAGGGUAAACGAGAGAAAAUAACGGUUGGACAUGUCCCUGGUGGAUUCAGUGAAACGAAGUAGCUACGUCGAUGCUUCUUUUGCUUGACGAGAUUACGUGCUCCCUUCUCUUGAACGUUUAGCCGCCGGGAAUAGGUGAACGGACUGCGGAUGUUUAUGCCGAUUAAAUUCCUUUUCUCAUAGACUAUUUUGUGGAAGCAAAGUAUCUUAUUGUACGCGUAAAAUCUGCGGUCCAACGGUGCGCGUUCGCUUCUGACGAUCUUCUUUAAUCGCGUUUUCGCUUCUACGUUAACGUCGCGCCACGCCGCGUGAUCGAAUUUACCCGGAGACGAGCGAGAUUCGUUCGUGAGACGGCUAACCGUGUUCCACCGCGCGCAACAGACGAAAGUACGAUGUUCCACGGGAACGGUAAUCGAAUUUCAGCACCGGAAGGGUUGACCCUGAGCCACUACCCACCCUACCUUUUCCCCUCUCGUUUCUUUCCUUUCGACAUAUUCCCCUCGAUUGCCCCGACGCGUUACUUUCCCGCGUUCCCGCGAACGUUCGUACGCGGACGCCCCCGCCACAUUCGAUAUUUUGCGACGGCUUUAGACGGCGCCAUUUUAACGGGAUUUAGAUAGCUGGCAUCGCGGCGACAAGCUCUCCGCUUGUCGCGGAUAGAAAUUGAGGAAAAAAACGACAAAACCAAAAAAAAAUAAAUAAAAUAAAAGAUAACACUACGCGCUGAGU